AGGAAAACCAUACUAUACUUAACGAAAUUGUUAGUGAACAAGGGGAAUCUGCAAAUAUAGUAAACUGGAACUGUUUACGAAUGACGGAUUUGAAGACAAUGUGUUUAAAAUAUAAUAUUCAUGUGAAAGGUACAAAAACAGAUUUGAUUAACUGUUUAGAAGCCUUUUGGAAAGAACCUGAAAUAAACUAUGAACCACAAAGGGUCAGAAAAGAAAAGUCAGUAGAACAAAAUGUUGAUGAAGACUAUGAUAAUAGGAAAAGAUUCCUCAGACUACUUUAUCAAGCAAUCCAGGAAGACUCGAAGGAAAAAGCCAAAGAAGCACAGGAGUAUUUGAAGUUGAGGGCUUUUAUAUUAAGGGUGGCUGAAGAGGAAGGCUGGAAUGUGGCUGUGAAAAUUCCAAAACCAAUGCCUAGUGAAGGUGACGAAUUUAAGGAUCUACUUAUCGAAGCAAGAAAGCAUGCAAAACCAUAUGAGGGUCAGCUUGUAUCUUACAACCAUAGAGGUUGGUCAAAUAAAAGGAGUAACCUAUGA